AUGGCUUCAGUAACAUCACUAGACGCCGACAUGCGCAACCUGCGCCUAUCCCGAUAUACCCCUCACGCUGCCAAUGAAGCUCGCGCCUGGAUCGAAGGCGUACUCGACUCCUCACUGCCACCCGGCGACCUACUCGAAGUGUUGAAGGAUGGCGUAGCGUUGUGCAAAUUGGCCAACCUGGCCACGCAAGAGCACCGCGGGCCGAUCAAGUUCAAGAGCAGUAAAAUGCCGUUCGUACAGAUGGAGAACAUAAGUCACUUCCUCAAAGCUUGCGAGCUACCGCCGUUGAACAUGCCCGCGCAUGACCGCUUCUUGACCGUGGAUCUGUUCGAGCAAAAGGAUCCGGCGCAAGUACUGCAAUGUCUCAGCGCAUUUAGCAGACAAGCCAACAACAUUAAUCCGUCCAAGGUACCUUCUGUCAUUGGCACGAAGAGAGCACCCUCUACGAUGUCUCCCACAGCGACUGCAAUGCCGGCGUCUGCGACCCGUCCUAUGAGUCCGACGUACACGGGAGGUUCGAACGCCUCAUCGCGUACAGAAGGAGGAUCCGCUAAAUCGCCAACUGGUCCGGUUAGCAGCUGGAGCAGACGGAGCGAUGAGAACAACACGGCGCCGGCCUGGAACAUUCAUCAAUACGGGUAUAUGGGUGGUGCAUCGCAAGGAAAUCAGGGGAUCAGCUUCGGUGCAAGACGACAGAUCACUAGUCAGGGUCCGGCAGUACCAAGCCUUGCAGAGAAGGAGAAGCUACGUAAAGAGAAGGACGCAGAAGCACAAAGAUUACGACAGGAACAAGACGAAGAGGACCAGAGAAAGCGGCGGGCCGCAGAAGAAGAGGAGGACCGGGCGAAGCUCGCAGAGGAGCACAAAUGGGAAGAAGAAACAAGACGGCAUCGUGAUGAGGAGAGGAGGAGAAUGGAAGAGCAGAAACGAGCAUGGGAGGAUCAAGAGCGGAAGUGGAACCAGGAGGAAGAGGCGCGGAGACGAGAAGAUGCUGCACUGCAAGCAACGUUGACCAAGAAGAAGCCACCUGCAAAGCCUAGAGUGCCGAGCUCGAGCAUUUUGCGAGGUCAAACUCUUGCUGAUUACCAAGAGGAGCAGGCGGCACUACUGAAGGCCAACGAGCCUGCGGAGACACCAGAGCAGCGUCGUGUGAGAGAACUGGAGAAACAGCUUGAAGAGGCGCGAGAGCGUGAACGGCAGUACCAGUCGGAGCGAGAGGAGCGGAUCCGGAAGGCCGCACCUCGCGCACAACCCUUCUCGACACCAUCACCCUUCACCAGACCUCUUCCCAAUCCAUCCAAGCAAGCCGCACCAGAAUCUCACCUUCCUGUGGAGCGUACACCCAACCGAACGGACGCCUUUCUCUCUUCAAAUGCAGCACCCACCACCCAACGUCCUCGCGUCUCCUCUUCUCAAGAAGCUGGUGACACCUCUCUCGAGCAGUCCCAACUCCGCGACUCGCGCAUGCAAUCGCAGCAAGCAACCAAAGCCGGCGCCUGGGCGAGUAAGUCUCUUCUAGAGCGGGAAAUGGAACGCGAACGCGAACGUCAGAAGGAAUGGGAAGCCGCUCAGUCAGCGGCUAAGACCGCUCCCAGGGAUCUGAGUCAGGGUACGGGUGAAGGACAGAGUUGGGAUGUCAAUCAGUAUGGGUAUAUGGGCGGAGACUCGAUGAACAAGGGGAGCAGUGUGGGGAGUGGAAUCAAUAUUGGUGGGAGGAGACAGAUUAUUGGGCCAAGGCCGAAGCCGUAA